GGCAGGAGGAAGGAGCCCUUUCUCGAGCCCGUGGGGAGAAGGCGCCGUGCUCCCCACCUUUUCCACGCAUGAGACCCACAGGAAGGGGGCCUGGCUCGCGGACCGCCUCACAGAGAAGCGCGGGCUUGAGCCUAGGCCUCUCGGUCCCAUCCCUGGCGCGCCGUGAUUGCAUCCAUCUCUCUAUACCGUGUGUGUGUGUGUGUGUGUGUGCGGGCGGUCGAGGGGAAGUCUCUCCUCCCUCCGCGGGCUCUGUGGGAGUUUCCCGCGCCUCCGCGGCCUGCCAGGGGAGUGUCGGCGCGUCCUUCCCGUCAACGUGGGUUUGCUCUUCCCUUCCUUGGAGCGGAGAAGCCCCCGAAGGCGGGCGGAAACGAGUCAGCGGCAACAAGGACGACUUUGUGAGGAGUUUUGGGGCGCCUCGGAGGACCACAAAAGCCACCCCAUCGCCCGCCUGUGAGGAGAAAGAAGGCAGAUAAAGUUUGGAGGAGGAGGAAGAGAAGAAGAAGCCCCGCCUCUCAAACUCCGAGGCGCGGAGACCAAAAAAAUAAAAAAGCGAAAAGAGGGGAAGAGACAACUCUAUUCUAAAACUUUUCCAGAGCUUCAAAGUGGGAGGAGGGCUCGUUCUCUGUGUGUGUGUGUGUGUGUGUGUGUUUGCCUCUCUCUCACACACACACACACAUAGCCCUCCUUAGAGAUGACUAAGUUGGAAAAGAUGAUCACAUAGUGCAAAGAGUGGGUGGUCUCCUUUCUCCAUGUGCGCCAAAGUCACAUUUUGAUUUCCUGAAUUUUUGGGGGUGCCUUUUUCUUUUCUUUUUAGUUUUGAGAAGAUAAUGACGGAAGGCCCAGAUGGAGGAGAGCCUUCCCAGGAGCAGAAAGAAAGGCAGGCCAAGAAGAGGAGGAGGAGGAAGAAAGAGGGAUGCAAGACAAGGACCGUCUAUUCGAACCUGCUGCUCCCUUGGCCCCAAGUGGACAACUCUGCCCCGCCGGCCAACAACAGGCUCAAGACCACUAAAUACACCGCCAUGUCCUUCCUGCCCAAGAACCUCUUUGAGCAGUUCCACCGCCUGGCCAAUGUAUACUUUGUCUUCAUCGCCUUGCUCAACUUUGUGCCUGCUGUCAACGCCUUCCAGCCUGAGUUGGCCUUGGCCCCCGUGCUCUUCAUCUUGGCAGUCACAGCUGUCAAGGACUUAUGGGAAGACUACAGUCGAUACCGCUCAGACCAGGAGAUCAACCACAUGGAGUGUUUGGUCUACUGCAGGAUUGAAAGAAAAUACAUCACAAGAUACUGGAAAGAAGUGAAAGUUGGAGACUUCAUUCAGCUCCGUUGCAAUGAAAUCAUUCCUGCUGAUAUAUUGCUGCUUUCUUCGAGUGACCCUGAUGGCCUGUGUCACAUUGAGACAGCUAAUCUGGAUGGGGAAACCAACUUGAAACAGAGACAAGUUGUACGUGGAUUUUUGGAGCUGGACUCUGAAUUUGACCCAUUGAAGUUUACUAGCAUCAUUGAAUGUGAAGAACCAAAUAAUGACCUUAGUAGGUUUCGAGGCUUCAUCGUGCAUAAAAGUGGGAAGAAAAUGGCGCUGUAUAAAGAAAAUCUUUUGUUACGUGGAUGUACCAUUAGAAAUACAGAAGAGGUCUCAGGAAUAGUAAUCUAUGCAGGGCAUGACACAAAAGCCUUGUUGAAUAACAGUGGACCACGUUACAAGCGCAGUAAGCUGGAAAGACAAAUGAAUGUCGAUGUCCUUUGGUGUGUCCUCAUACUUAUCACAAUGUGUUUGUUUUCCGCUCUUGGUCAUGGAAUCUGGGUCUGGCAAUACGAUGACAAACGAAAGCCUGUCUUUGAUGUCCCAGGUCGCAAUGGAAAAUACUGGUCUCCAGUUGAAGCUGCAGUGUAUUUAUUUUUGACAAUGAUUAUAGUUUUUCAGGUUCUCAUUCCCAUUUCUUUGUAUGUCUCCAUUGAAAUUGUUAAAAUAUGCCAAGUAUUCUUUAUUCAUCAAGAUAAGGAUUUAUAUGAUGAGGAAACAGACCUUCAGCUACAGUGCCGAGCUCUCAAUAUCACGGAAGAUUUAGGACAGAUACAGUACAUAUUUUCAGACAAGACUGGGACUCUUACUGAAAAUAAAAUGGUUUUCCGGAGAUGCACUGUUUCUGGCAUAGAAUAUUCCCAUGAUGCUAAUGCAAAACGUAUAGCUAUGUAUCAAGAAGCUGAUUCUGAGGAUGAAGAAACUGCACCUAAGGCAGGGACUUUGUCCCAGCGGGACAGUAUUAGCAGUCAUCAGAGCAUUAAAGUCAUCCACAGGAACCAGAGCACAAAAUCUCAUAGGCGUACAGGGAGCAGAGUGGAGGCCAAAAGGGCAAGCAUUCUCUCAAAGCACACAGCUUUUAGCAGCCCAAUGGAGAAAGAUAUCACACCCGAUCCAAAUUUGCUGCAAAAAGUAAAUGAAUGUGCCAGCUACCUCGAGAUUAUGAAGAGCUAUGACCAGCCAUUAUCCCAGCUCUCCCCUGAACUUUCAGACAUCUUUGACUUUUUCAUAGCUUUGACUAUCUGUAAUACAGUGGUAGUGACAUCUCCAAAUCAGCCACGUCAAAAGAUUAGAUACAGAUUUGAACUGAAGUCUCCAGUAAAGACCAUUGAGGACUUCAUUCGGAGACUCACUCCCAGCCGCCUGACCUCUGGGUCUAACAACAGCAGUUCCUCAAGCCUGGCGACCAGCAAAUCAACACACCGUGCUGGAUCCAGUGUAAUUUCAUCAGCCUCUACAGACAGCACUUUCUUGAAACUAGAAGAAAAGUUUGCAAACUCCUCCCGGAUGAAUAACAAUAGCUACAGUUGUCAACAAUCCAAAGAGACCCUGGGGAAUGGGAGUGGCCCAGGAGAAAGUGAACUGCGUUAUGAGGCAGAGAGCCCAGAUGAAGCUGCCCUUGUCUAUGCAGCCAGGGCAUAUGAUUGUGCUCUGGUCGGCCGGCUGCCUGACCAGGUAUCGAUAGAGCUACCUCACCUGGGGAGAUUAAACUUUGAACUCUUACACAUCCUGGGCUUUGACUCAGUUCGGAAGAGAAUGUCUGUCAUUGUCAGGCAUCCCCUUACUGACAAAAUAAAUGUUUAUACUAAAGGAGCCGAUUCAGUGAUCAUGGAUCUUCUUCUGCCCUGUUCUUCAGAUGACUCUAGGGGCAAGCAUCAAAAGAAAAUCCGAAGCAAAACUCAAAAUUUUCUUAAUCUUUAUGCUGCUGAUGGACUGAGGACUUUGUGCAUUGCAAAAAAAGUGCUGAGUAAGGAGGAAUAUUCUUGCUGGUUAAAAAGUCACAUUGAAGCAGAAUCUUCUAUUGACAACCGAGAGGAGCUGCUGUUUCAGUCAGCCACUCGUAUAGAGACAGAUCUACAUCUAUUAGGUGCAACUGGCAUUGAAGACCGUUUACAGGAUGGAGUCCCAGAAACCAUUGCAAACCUUCGCCGGGCUGGGCUGCAGAUCUGGGUUCUAACUGGAGAUAAGCAAGAAACAGCGAUUAAUAUUGCUUAUGCUUGCAAGCUGCUGGAUCAUGAUGAAGAAAUCAUUACCUUGAAUGCUGAUUCAUUGGAAAUGUGUGCCACAUUACUGGAACAACACCUGCACUGCUUAGAGUCUAAAUUUUUGAACGAAACUUCAGAAAAAUCUUCAGAGAAACAAACUGCAAAGUUGACUCCAGUCUACCUGACAUCAUCUUUGACACAUCCCAGACUGGGCUUAGUCAUUGAUGGAAGAACACUGGCUUAUGCCCUCGAUAAAGGCCUAGAAGACAAGUUUCUUUUGCUGGCCAGGAGGUGUCGUUCUGUACUGUGCUGCCGUUCUACGCCAAUUCAAAAAGGAAUGGUUGUGAAACUGGUCAGGAGCAAACUCAAAACAAUGACCUUGGCAAUAGGUGACGGAGCAAACGAUGUCAGUAUGAUCCAAGUCGCUGAUGUCGGGGUGGGGAUCUCAGGUCCAGAAGGCAUGCAGGCUGUGAUGGCAAGUGACUUUGCAAUACCAAAGUUCCGGCAUUUGGAGAAACUCUUGCUUGUACAUGGUCAUUGGUGCUACUCUCGUCUUGCCAACAUGGUCCUGUAUUUCUUCUACAAAAAUGCGAUGUUUGUCGCCCUUCUUUUCUGGUACCAGUUUUACUGCGGAUUUUCUGGGUCAUCCAUGAUUGAUCAAUGGUACCUAAUCUUCUUUAAUUUGCUAUUCUCCUCCCUUCCCCAACUGAUUGUUGGAGUGCUCGAUAAAGAUGUACCUGCUAGUGUAUUAAUUGCUGUGCCCCAGCUCUACACAAGUGGCCAGAACAUGGAGGAAUACCAACCACAUAUGUUUUGGAUGAACAUGAUUGAUGCUCUAUACCAAAGCCUGGCUUGCUUCUUCAUCCCUUACUUUAUAUAUUAUGAUUCAGAUGUGGAUAUAUUUUCAUGGGGAACCCCUAUCACCACUAUAGCUCUCUUCACCAUUAUAUUGCAUUUGGCCAUUGAAACGAAAACAUGGACGUGGCUUCAUUUGUCAUCGUGUGUCUUCAGUAUUGUUUUAUUCUUCAUUGUGGCUCUCCUUUACAAUGCAUCGUGCCCAAUAUGUUAUCCUCCAUCCAAUCCAUACUGGAUCAUGGAAAAGCUGAUGGGAGAUCCUAUGUUUUAUCUGACUUGUCUUAUAACGCCCCCUGUGGCUUUGCUUCCCAGAUUUCUAUACAGAACUCUUCAAGGGACAGUAUUCCCAACCCAGCUUCAGCUUGGACGCCAAUUGUCAAGGAUGCCACCAGACACUCGCAACCGGCUUGUACACAGAUGGAACACCAAAAAGGAGAUUGAUCCUCAUAAAUACCCCUCUGCUUAUUAUACUCCACAAAGUUCAUGUUGCAUUGCUAAUCACUCUCAAAAGGCCUGCAAUCGAAACUCUCUUAUAGAUGUAUCUCAAUGUGGAAAUGAACUAUCUCCACCGCUGCCAAAGUCAGAGCCUAAAAUAGAUUUAAAUAUUCCUGCCCCUCCUCUUGGUGCUCGCUUAUAUGAGGAGAAUGGGAAUCUUUCAGUGCCUGAUAAGCCAGAUAAAGCAACCAUGAGUUUUCCCAAAGACACUUCAGAAUUUGAACCAACUUUAGUAGAGGAAACAUUCCAGUGGAGCUCAAGAUUGGGCCAAUCAGACUUCAGCUUGUUUACCUGCAUCACGUCGACACCAUUGUUUAAUGAGACUGGAAAAGAUCAGCCAUGGUUAUCCGUCAGUUUACAGAAUGUAAAGCAAGACAGUACAACUCCAUACACCCACAGUUCUCACACCUUCAGAGACUCAGAACAGAACCCAGCCUGUUUUCAGGAACAAGGGGAAAAGUCUGGAGAUGGUUGCUUUAAAAAUGAAUCUCUUGAGUCAACUUUUUUAUGAUGUGGGUAUUUGAGCUUGUAUAUUUUGUUUGCACAGGAGUGUAGGCUUAUUCCAUUCCAAAAGAUGGAACUCAAGGUACAUAGUUUUAUUUUAAAAGAAACUUUAAGCACAAUAUGUUGAAAACAAGAGCUUUAUAUACAGAUAAAGGAUACAUAUCUAUAUUUAUUUUUCAUCUCAUUUUAUACAAAAUCUGUAUGUUUAUUUUUAUUUGCCUCUUUGAAGUUCUUUGUUCAUUUACCAGGUCACAGCGAUUGUAUUUCAACCCAAAGCUUGAUAUGAUAACCAUUGGUUCACAGUUCUCAUGAGUUGGGGGCCACCAUAUUAUCUUUAAAAAAUAUGGUGCAGUCCUCCUUAGAUUUUUAGUGUGGGGAAAAUGAAUAUAUGCAUGGAAAUAAGUGAUUAAGGAACCCUACAGAAUCAAACCUUCAUUUUGUAAAACUAUGUUACACUGCAAUGGAAAUAAUGCAGAUAUUUUCCAGAUGUGACCUCAUAUAUUUAAUUACAACCAUAGCAGCUUAUAUAUCAAGAGAAAACAAUAAAUAAAUGAAGAUCUAUAUUGCAAAUGUGUAA